GUGGGAGGGCACAGAGCUAAUUUCUGUCCCUGGGCAGAGCCCCGUUUCUUUCUUCCCACCCCUUGGCUUCUUCUCACACGGGCACGCUCGCUUGCUCCCUUUUUCCGCUCUGCUGCCUCCUCGCCACCCGCUUCCCUUGUUUUCCCGGCUUUGGGAGAGCGUCCAUCCGUCUCUUAAGUGAACCCGAGAUACAAGCCUACGUCUAUCUCUCUCUCUCUCUCUCCUGACAAGGAUUUAUUGAGAGGUUGGCGCCUUUCGGAAGGUGGGACGCUUCAAGCCGGCACACAAAGACCUUCGCCUUUCCUCCUCUCGAGCGCCUGCCGGCACUUCAAGCGGCUGCGAACAUCUGUACUCUGGAUUAGUGGCGAGCGCCGAGCGAUCCCGGAGGGCAAGAUCCUCUUUCCCACCCGCCCACCCGCGAAAGCUUUUUCCUAAGGCGAACGAAGGAAGCUCCUGAUUCAUGGCUCGCGGGAAAGCCAAGGAAGGGGAUGGCAACUGGAAGAAAUUCAUCUGGAACUCGGAGAAGAAGGAAUUUUUAGGGAGGACCGGCGGCAGUUGGUUUAAGAUCCUCCUCUUCUACCUGAUCUUCUAUGGCUGCCUGGCAGGCAUCUUCAUUGGGACCAUUCAAGUCAUGUUGCUCACUGUCAGCGAAUUCCAGCCCAAGUAUCAGGACCGAAUAGCACCCCCAGGAUUGUCAAAUGUUCCCCAAGUCCUUAAAACGGAGAUUACGUUCAACCCUUCUGAUCCAAACACAUACAAGCCAUAUGUAACCCAACUUGAAAAAUUCUUAAAGAGCUAUGAGAGUGUUAAUCAGCAAGACAUCAAUUUUGAGAAUUGUGGCAAUGAACCUUCUGCUCCCAGAGACAGAGGACCUUUUGAUGGGUCUCAAGGUGCCAUGCCAUCUUGCAAGUUCUUUCGCAGUUGGCUGGGAAAUUGCUCUGGCCUAGAAGAUCCUACUUUUGGUUACAACGAUGGCAAACCAUGUGUCAUCAUCAAACUUAACAGAGUCCUGGGUUACAUACCUAAGCUUCCACUAAAUGAUUCCAUCCCACCUGAGCUGCUGGCAAAAUAUAAUCCCUAUGUCCUUCCCAUUCAUUGCACUGCUAAGAAAACAGAGGAUUUGAACAGAAUUGGCCCUGUGGAAUACUAUGGUUUUGAUGGCUAUGGUGGCUUUCCUCUACAAUACUACCCAUACUAUGGCAAGCUCAUUCAGCAGAAAUACCUUCAACCCCUUGUAGCAGUACAGUUCACUAAUCUGACUACUGAUAUGGGGAUGCGUAUUGAGUGCAAGGCCUAUGGUCAAAAUAUUGGCUACAGUGACAAAGAUCGUUUCCAGGGACGUUUUGAUAUGAAAAUUGAGAUAAAAAGCAGCUGAUCACAAGCAGUUUGUUUCUUCUUUUUUUCCUCUUAGCCAUUUAAAAAGUAUAAAAAGAGACAAAACUACUAGUCUUGAACAAAACUCAUACAUAUGGGACCUACACAUAAUCUAUAUGCUUUACACUAGCUUUCUGCAUUUAAAUAGAUUAGAAUGUAAACCUAAAAGUGUAGCAAUAGUGACAAAGAUAUUUAUUCUAUUGUAAAUGAUAAAAAACAGAAUUGAGCCUUGGGAUACGCCCAUUUCUACUGUAAAUUAUGAUUCCAUAACUGACUUAUAGUAAGCAGUGUUUCUGCCCCCUAAGUAUUGCUGCCAUGUGAAUUUUAUUUAGUGUACAGUACUUUAGGUGCAUUAUUCUGGUCAUUUUUCAAGCCAUGUAUUAUUGUACUGUUUUCUACUUUCUGUGAGCACAGAUUUGCUGCACAAGGUGUAAAUACUCAGUGGGAUUAAAACUGGCACAGUACUUUUUUCAUUUUUUAAAUAUAUUUUUUUUAUCCUGCCUUUUUUUUUCAUAUAAAACUCAAGGCAGCAAACAUACCUAAUACUCCUUGCUCCUAUUUUCCCCACAACAACAUCCCUAUGAUAUGAAUUGGGUUGAGAGUGUGACUGGCCCAAAUCACCCCUCCGGUUUUUCAUGCCUAAAGUGGGACUAGAAUUCACAGCCCCGAUUUCUAGAUCAACAUCUUAACUACAUCAAACUGGCUCUUUUGUUUUGAAAAGGUAAAGGCCCAUCUGCGAUCUAUUCAAUAGCACUCCAUGAAGCCUUCCCCAACUUCUAUUCCUCAGUUGUUACUAAAUUUAGUGUGGUGGCAGGGAAAAAAUUACUUUAACUUUGAAGCAAAGCUAUGGAGAGUAAAUGAUCAUGUACUGUGCUUUGUAGCAAUUGGUGUCUUUUUCUUUAUCUUUCAUCCUAUGUUUUAAAAUUGUGUGUGAGACCUAUGUCAGCCUAUCAAUUUCACUAGUGAUAGGAAUGAUUAUUUUGCUUUGUAUAUUCUCUUCUUUUCCUGUGAGAAGCAUCACAUGCUGUGGUGCUGUCUUUAUUGAAUGUUUUAACCAUUUUCAUGGUGGAAGAAUUUUAUAUUUAUGCAGUUGUACAAUUUUUUUUUCUGCAAGAAAAAGGUGUAAUGUAUAAAAAUAAACCAAAGCCACAUGUCUGAAAAUAAAUCUUUAUUUUGAACUUUGAGAAGCAAUGCAGUUAUCCCAUCAAUUGGUGUUAAAUGUUGUCUAAAGUGCGUUGUUCUAUGCUCUAUGUUCUAAUAUAUGUAACAGCCAGGAGUUCAGUGCUCUUGUGGGCCUUGUAUUUCAUUCAGGUUUAAACACUGGACAAUAAAUGAAUAAACAUA